GCGCCGCCAUUUCUGUGGUUGCAGAGCUUGCCGGUGCAGGAGCGAGGCCGGGCGGCAGACACGAUGGCGGCGGAGGCGCGGUGGCGGGUGCAGGACCCGGUGUACGGCAGCACGGGGGUCAUCGACCGCCUGCAGCAGGAGAUCCGCGCCGUGCAGCACGAGCUCGCCACGACGCGGGCGCAGCUCGCCGUGCACGCGCGCGCCGCCAUGGCGCCGCCGCUGGGGACGCAGCCGAUGCCGCCGUCUCUUCUCCUUCCUCCUCCUCCUCAGCCUCUUGCUGCUGCUGCUGCUGCUGCUGCUGCUGCGGUGGAGGUAGUGCACGCCGGCGCUCAUGGCGUCGCCGUGCAAGAGGAGGAUGAAGCGCUGUUAAUGGACCCUGAGGAGUUCCUCGACCUCGACGGCCGCCUCUGA